CCUAGUUCAGAAGUUGCUAUUCGUAGGCAGUCGUCGCGAUUAUAUAUGUAUGUAUAUGUACAUAUCAUGCAUACAUGCAACACGAAUGAGACUAAUAAACGUAGCAUGGUUUUUUCAAAGAAACUUUAAAGCCACAGAUGAUUCUAAAAAGGGAAUAAAUUAAGAUCUGAAAAGGAUAAACGUAAAUAAUUCAAGUAUCUCUGUCUUCAGUGUUCAAGAGCAAUCAGAGCACAGGCGAUUUUAUGUAUACCUAAUAAAAUCGUACAGACAACAUAUCUGAAAUAUAUUUUAGAGUUUCAAGACUAUUCAAGAAAAAAUGUCCGAAGUGUCAGAUUGGUUCAAGAGCCUUCCAAUAUUCACUAGAUAUUGGUUUUCUUUGACAAUAGCCUUUUCAUUGAUUGGACGGUUUGGAAUAAUCAGUGUACUCAAUUUAAUUCUUCUCUACGAACCCUUCAUUUACAAUUUUGAAAUAUGGAGAGCUGUUACAAGUACCUUUUACUAUCCAACAAGUUUUCACUUGCUCAUGAACUUGUACUUCCUUUACAAUUACUCGCUAAGACUGGAAACUAGAGAAUUUGAGGGAAGACCUGCAGAUUACUUUUAUCUUCUGUUAUUUAAUUGGGUCUUCUGUUUGACUGGUGGAUUAUUGCUUGGUUUUCGCAUAUUGAUGGUCUCUUUGCUUCUUAGUGUGAUAUACAUUUGGUGUCAACUAAACAAAGAUGCUAUAGUGCAAUUUUGGUUUGGGGUUCAAUUUAAAGCAAUGUAUUUGCCAUGGAUCCUUUUUGCAAUGAGUUUCAUUAUGGAUCAUGAUGGAUUACCAGAGCUUGUUGGAAUAUUGAGUGGCCACCUGUACUUCUUCUUAAAAUUUAAAUAUCCUCAAGAAUUUGGAGGCCCAAGCUUACUCAAUACUCCAGCUCUCUUAGAAUACUAUUUUCCUCCAAGAGUUAGCAAUGUGAGAGGUUUUGGAUCAGCGCCACAACAGAGUGCUGGACCUAUACCAAGAGGUCAUAAUUGGGGACGUGGUAAUGUGUUAGGACAAUAAUUGCGAGACAAGAAGACUAGGUUGAAAUAUGAAAGUAAUUUUUCAAAAUUAUGUUGAAUAGUUUGAUAUUUCAAUCAGUGAACAAAUUGCAUUUUGUAAUAAUUGUCUUAUAAAUAUAUGAAUGGGUUGAAAAGUAUUUGAUAUUAUUGCAACAAAUAUUUAUGUAUAAGUGUAAUACUUUAUAAGUAAUAAGAGUAUUCACAAAUAUAAAUGGAUACAUUUGCUUUUGUACAAAUUUUGAAGAUGCCGUAUUCUAUUUACAGCAACUAUUAUCUUACUAUUAAAUUGAUUUUGUUUGUAAAAAAAUAUAUAGGUAGCACAUCUAUACAUACAGCACUAUAACUUGU